AUGGCUCCCCCUCCGCCCGCCAAUAUCCCUCUGACCCAGAGGCUCCUGCUUCUCGCCCAGACCCUGCAAUACAGCCUGCUCCUGAAAUCCGGUCGACUCUAUGCCGUCUCCCUGUUACCCGACGGGUCGAGGUGCACAGGAGUGGAGAAGCCCGACGGCCUUACCUCUGGCGACAUAAACACACUCCUGACUGGACGGCGGCUAACACAUUUGUCCCUGAUCUUUGCCGUCAUCCGAUAUGGCCUUUCCUACGUUUCCUUCAACUACUACAGCCGAGUUGCCCGCUUCAGCUACCGGCUCACCUUCCUCUCUGCUGCCCUGACUUACGGCAUCGUCGUCUACAAGACUCUCAGGGCCCGCAGCAAGGCCGGAGCCAAGGCUCCCACGAGCCCCCUGGCUCUGGUUGCCGAUGAGAACGUUCAGUACCUCGGAAUGUCCCUCGUCUGGCUUCUGUCUCCUCAGUACCCCCUGGCGAUGCUCCCUUACGCCAUCUACUCAAUUUUCCACGUUGCGACCUACACGCGCGCCAACGUGAUUCCCACAAUCACUCCUCCCAAGCCUAUCACGCCUGCGUCUGGUGCUUCUCCUAGCGCCAAGCCCCAGUAUGCACACAACCCGAUCGCCGACAAGAUUGGCGCUUUCGUCAAGGAGUACUACGAUGCCUCCAUGUCUGUGGUGUCUUCGCUUGAGAUCCUGCUUUGGGUCCGCCUCCUUCUUUCUGCCAUUACCUUCCAGCGCCGCUCCUGGAUCCUGAUUGCCAUUUACACCGCUUUCCUUCGUGCGCGCUUCGCGCAGAGCACCCACGUCCAGAACUCGCUUGCUCUCUUUGAGUCUCGCGUUGACUCCGCUGUCGGCAACCAGGGAACCCCGCCCGCUGCUCGCCAGGCUUGGGAGACUGUCAAGGGAGGCGCGCGCCAGUUUUACGCCUACACUGACCCCAACCGGUACCUCAGCGGUGCUUCUGUCCCCAAGAAGACCUCUUAA